UGUCCUAAUGCAAUUAAACGUGAUAAUUCUUAAAUUAAAAUAAGCCAGUUUCUUUUUUUGCAAUAAAUAUAAAAUGAUUUAUAUUUUAUUUAAGUCUAGUGCAUUAAGUAUUCCUAUGGGUCAACAUGAAAUUCGUCCAUUUGAUGGAGAUUUAACAUUUCUUGGAAAAAUUCUGGCACCAUUACCUAUUCAGAAUGAAUUAUCACGUUUAAUUGCAUUAGGACAUUUUUUUGGUUUAGUAUAUGAAACAAUUGUUAUUGUAGCAUGUUUAUCAACUAAAAAUAUUUUUAAAAUUUCUUACGAAGAUCCGAUUACCUGUUUACAAAUUCGCAAUGUAUCAUUGAAUAAAGGUAUUCUUUAUCGAAAACAAAUUGAACAACAACUAAAAGUAUUAGUCGAUGUUGAACAUAUCAAAGUGACAUUCGAAAAUACAAAAGCUCUUGUCGAUUUUGCUUCACAAUAUUCAACUCUUCAAAUAGUUAAUCCAUCAGAAUUAUCUAUUGAUCAAAUUGUUACAUCAGUUACAUCACAUACAAAUAUUUUCCCAGCUGUUUAUUUUGCUGUCAAACCUCGGUGA